CGGCUAAACCCUUGCCUCCCCCAUUCCCCAAUCUAGGUUUUUCGCGAUGGUGUCGGCGUCGCGCUUCGUCCUCCUCUCGAGGCUCCCCGCCGCCGCCGCCUCCUCCCGCUUCCUCCGCCCGCUCGCCGCCGCGGGGAGCCUCCUGCCGGCGGCGCUUGCCCCCUUCGCCCCGCCCGCGGCGGGGGCCAGGUGCUUCGCCACGCAGCCGGCGACCUCGUCGCUGCGGGACUCGUCGCCGAACUGGAGCAACCGGCCCCCCAAGGAGACGAUCCUCCUAGACGGGUGCGACUUCGAGCACUGGCUGGUCGUCAUGGACCCGCCCCCCGGCGAUCCCUCCAACCCCGAGCCCACCCGCGAUGAGAUUAUCGACGGCUACAUCAAAACCCUCGCCCAGAUCGUUGGAAGUGAGGACGAAGCACGGCAUAAGAUAUACUCAGUGUCAACUCGGCAUUACUUUGCUUUUGGUGCUCUUGUAUCUGAGGAACUCUCCUACAAACUCAAAGAGUUGCCCAAGGUCCGCUGGGUUCUUCCAGACUCAUAUCUGGAUGUCAGAAAUAAGGACUAUGGAGGAGAGCCUUUUAUAAAUGGAGAAGCUGUUCCUUAUGACCCUAAGUACCAUGAGGAGUGGGUGAGAAACAAUGCACGUGCCAAUGAAAGGACCCGACGCAAUGAUAGGCCUAGAAACUUUGACAGGUCAAGGAAUUUCGAGAGGAGAAGGGAGAACAUGCACAACUUCCAGAACAGAGAUGUGCCUCCUGGGCAGGGAUUCAACAGCCCUCCCCCACCAGGGCAGGGCCCAGUCCUGCCUCGUGAUGCUCCUCCGAUGCCUCCACCUCCAUCUCCACCAAAUCCAGGUGCUCCUCCAAGCUACCAGCCCCAUGCACCAAAUCCGCAAGCAGGCUAUACAAACUAUCAGGGUGGUGUGCCUGGUUACCAAGGUAGAGCCCCUGGCUAUCAAGGUGGCAACCAGGAAUACCGAGGUCCACCCCCACCCCCACCCUCUGCUUACCAGGGCAACAACCCUGGAUACCAGGGAGGAGGGCCAGGUUACCAUGGUGGCAACCCACCUCCUUAUCAAGCCGGCAACCCACCUCCUUAUCAAGCCGGCAACCCUGUCUUUGCUGGUGGUGCACCAGGCUACCAAGGCCAAGGAGGCAACCCUAGUUACCAGCAAGGCAGCGAUAACUACAAUGCCGGUGCGCCGGCCUAUAAGAGGGAUGAGCCAGGGAGGAAUUACCAGUAGAACAACACUGCUAGAACAAAUGAUAUGUAGAGUCUAGUACGAGCAUAACGCUAUUUGCUGUCUGUUUUGGAGUCUAUCGCAUGUAUACUCUUACCCUGCUUUGCAAACUCAGUUUCUUAUGUGUCGACUAAUUACUUCGAUGUGUCUGAAACUGGCGAUUGUUUGAGGCACUUCUAGCAUUAUAAAUGUUUACUCAACUAGUGUUUUUUGUCCAAAUAAAUACACUGCUAACUGCUCUCGCACGGAGCUCGGAAGCAGCUCUGUUAGUUUCAUUUCUAUUGAGCUGUAAAUUGUUGUCA